UGGGCGGAGAUUGUCAUGACAUUGAUAUUUCUGUACUGUGUGUGUUCCGAUCAUUGACUGUAUAAAAGGUUCCAAGCAGUAUAUCAAUGUCUGGUAUCUUAAAGGCAAUGUCGAAGUUUCGUCUGGCUGUGGUUCAGUUACAUGUUUCAAAGAUCAAGGCAGACAACUUGGAUAGGGCACAAAAACUAGUGAAGGAGGCUGCAGGACAAGGUGCAAAAGUUGUAGUCUUACCUGAGUGCUUCAACUCCCCUUAUGGAACUGGGUUCUUUGCUGAGUAUGCUGAGAAGAUCCCCGGAGAGUCCACAAAGGUGUUGUCGGAGGCAGCCAAGGAUUGUGGGGUCUAUUUAGUGGGCGGUUCCAUUCCUGAGGAGGAUGGAGGAAAGCUCUAUAACAGCUGUUUAGUUUUUGGACCUGAUGGAAAGUUACUUGUCAAACACAGAAAAAUUCAUCUUUUUGAUAUUGAUGUACCAGGGAAAAUACGAUUUCAGGAGUCUGAAACACUAAGUCCAGGAAACAGUUUAUCCAUGUUUGAAACCCCAUUUUGUAAAGUAGGUGUGGGAAUAUGUUAUGACAUCAGGUUUGCAGAGCUUGCACACAUCUAUGCUAAGAAAGGUUGCCAGCUUUUAGUAUAUCCUGGUGCCUUCAAUAUGACCACCGGUCCAGCUCACUGGGAGCUGCUGCAGAGGGGGAGGGCAGUAGAUAAUCAGGUAUAUGUGGCCACUGCUUCACCAGCAAGAGAUGAAAGUGCCAGCUAUGUGUCGUGGGGCCACAGCACUGUGGUUAACCCUUGGGGGGAGGUAAUUGCCAAAGCUGGACCAAAGGAAUCUGUUCUCUAUGCUGACAUAGACCUGCAGUAUUUGGCUGAUGUGCGCCAGCAGAUCCCAAUCACCACACAGCGACGGAAUGAUCUAUACAGUGUUAACAGUGUUCAGGAGGGCUGAACUCUCAUUCACACGAAGCACUACAGUGGACUUUAAGACAGACUAAAUCAGCACUUUGAGUUAGACACAAGUCUUCAUCAGUGUAAUGUGGGGCAUCGCACAACAAAGAUGUUUGAAUUAAUGUGAACAACAAUUGUUCUGAUGUUUCUCUUACAAUGAAAAUUCUAUUUGGAAUAGAUGAAAGAAGUUGUGAGUACAGUGGACCGUUGUUUCUGGGCAGGUAAAGUGCUGCAUCAGUAUGAGGAACGUAUUAAGCAUUAUAUAUAUAAUUUAGUUUUCUGUCAUUGUAUUAAAUCCAAAAGAGAUUAAAAUAUUAUCUGGAAAAUUCUUA